UCUGUGGCUUUGGCGCGCGAACACACAGCAUACUGAACUAAAAGUGAGGCAAACACAACAAGCAUAUUUCGAAUUGUUAAUAUUUAAAUAGUGUAUUCACAAUAAAAAGCUUGCGCAAUGCCGGAGAGUAUCAUUGCCGGCAUUCCGGUGCAUUUCCCCUUCGAGCCCUACGAGGUGCAACGUGCCUACAUGGAGAAGGUGAUAAUCUGUUUGCGUGACGGCACAAACGGUGUAUUGGAGUCACCCACCGGCACAGGCAAAACGCUGAGCUUACUGUGCUCCUCGCUCGCCUGGUUGCGCACACGUCAAUCCGAGGUGGAGAAGGAUAAACAAAAGAUUAAAAUGGAACCCAAUUCGACGGCUGCUUCAGUGCUCAGCAAUGAGAUUAUGGCGGCCAUGGGCAAAUCCAACAAUUGGGGUGUACCCAAGGUGAUCUAUGCUUCACGCACACACUCCCAGUUGAAUCAGGCGAUGCGUGAGUUGAAACGUUCGGCGUAUGCGAAUAUGCGAUCUGUUGUCCUAGGCUCUCGGGAUCAGUUGUGCAUACACACGGAUGUGAUGCGGGAACAGGGCAAUUCCAACAAGGUCAACAUGUGCAAGCUUAAGGUGCACUCGAAGACUUGCUCUUUUCAGCUGCGCGUCGAAUCCAAGAAGGAUCAUCCGGAUUUCCGUGGACCCACAAUAAUGGACAUUGAGGAUCUGGUCAAGGUGGGACAACGUCUUAAAAUGUGUCCAUACUAUGCGUCUAAGGAGCUGGUCAAGGAUGCGGAUAUCACAUUUAUGCCGUACAAUUAUCUGCUCGAUCCCAAGGCACGUAAAGCCAAUAAAAUUGAGCUCAACAAUACGAUUGUCAUACUGGACGAGGCGCAUAAUAUUGAGAAGAUUUGUGAAGAGUCCGCAUCGGUGCAGAUACGCUCCUCGGAUGUGGCUAUGGCCAUGGAGGACCUUACGCACAUCAUGAAGAUAUUCACGAGCGGCGAAACCCUCGAUGCAGGAAGCGAUGAACCCAAAGAUUUCACCCUCGAUGAUCUGACGCUGCUCAAGGAGAUGCUGAUCGAUCUGGAGAAGGCUGUCGAUGAGAUUGUGGUGGAAAACAAGACCGAUGGACAAACAUAUCCCGCAUCCUUCAUCUAUGAACUGCUUGCCAAGGCCAAUUUUACCUAUGGCAACUGUGCCACCAUCGUCGGCUUGCUGGACAAACUGGUGCAAUAUCUAAUGGUUGCCUCACAGCAUUCCAUGCUACGAAAGGGCGGCAGCUUUAUGUUGCUCUCCGAUUUGCUAAACAUUGUGUUUGCCAACAAAGAGGAUAUCAUGAGCAAGGUGCAUGUUAGCUUCAAGGUUCAUGUGGAGAUCGAAGAGAGCAAACAAACCAAGCAGUCGGCCUCAAGCAAAGCCAACAACAGUGGCUGGCUGGGCAAGGGCAACAAUACGACGACAACCACCAAGACGGCCAAGGUUAUAAAUUUCUGGUGUUUUAAUCCCGGUUUUGGCAUGGAACAGUUACUCAACACAAAUGUGCGCAGCGUGAUCUUAACCAGCGGCACAUUAGCACCCCUCAAGCCGUUGAUUGCCGAGCUGGCGAUUCCUGUGGCUCACUAUCUGGAGAAUCCGCACAUUGUGGAUCAGAGUCAGGUGUAUGUCAAGAUCAUUGGCACGGGACCCGAUCGCGAGCAGCUCAUAUCCAACUACAAAAAUCGUGAUAACCCCAAGUACAUUCGAUCGCUGGGCCAGACCAUACUCAAUGUAUCGCGGAUCGUGCCCGAUGGUCUGUUGGUUUUCUUUCCCUCGUAUCCCAUGAUGAAUGCCUGUGUGGACUCUUGGCAAGCCAGCGGCCUGUGGGCGGAUAUUUCGAGUCGUAAACCGAUUUUCCUGGAGCCGCGGGGCAAGGAUCAGUUCACCAGCACCAUGGAGGAGUUCUAUCAAGCGAUACGCGAUUCAAAGGGCGCUUGUUUUAUGGCCGUUUGUCGUGGCAAAGUGUCCGAGGGUUUGGAUUUUGCUGAUCGCAAUGGACGUGCGGUAAUCAUAACUGGUUUGCCCUUUCCCCCGCUCAAGGAUCCAAAGGUGAUACUGAAGCGUCGCUAUCUGGAAUCAAAUCGUACGAGGGAGAAUCAGCUGCUGAGUGGCCAGGAAUGGUAUAGCUUGGAGGCGACACGUGCGGUCAAUCAGGCCAUCGGUCGUGUCAUACGACAUCGCAACGACUAUGGCGCCAUACUGCUGUGUGAUUCGCGUUUCCAGGAUGCCUCCCAGGUGCAGCAGCUGUCCAAAUGGGUGCGCGGCCAUCUGGGAGCGAGACCGCAGAGCACACCGUUUGGUCCCAUUGUACGUGAGCUGCGACAGUUCUUCAAGCACGCCGAGGCGACGAUGGUGAAGCCGGAUGAGCGUGCCGAGGAACCUUUGCUGCAGAGCGUCUUCAAGCAGGAGACAUCGCCCGACAGCAAGCCACACUUUGAGACCGCCAGCAAGAUUAUCAACAACAAAUCUCGCAUAGCCCUCAAUAUGGCAACGAAAGUUGAGCAAGUGUAUUCCGUGGAGAAGUGGACGCCCGAAGAGUAUGCCAAGGCCGCCGGCGGCGGGGCACAAGGCGCCAAAUCAACUCCCAUGGAUUUCAUAAGUCGCCUCAACACGAAUGCAACUAGCAUUGACUUCAAUAGCGAUAACACCGGACUAGUGAAGAUUCACAAGCGAGAGCGCAGUUCUCCCACAACAAGCGGUUCCUUGGCCUCACAGCCAAAUAUUAAAAAGCGUUACAAGCUGGUGAAUGCUGCUGAUAUUAAGAGCGAACCCUUCGCCUCAACUAGCCAAAGCCAAAGUCAAAGUAAUUUAACGAACCCGCCGUCAGAAUCCCAGUCAAGUGAUUUGCACGAAUCCCGCACGGAUUUCUUGCGACAGGUGCGCGGUGCCAUCAACACCGAUCAGUUUCGUAAAUUUGGCAGUGCGCUGCUCGCCUACAAAACUGGUGGCUAUGAGAGCUUCGAUAGCUUAAUGCUGAUUCUGCUGGACUUGUUAGGCACGCCAGAGUUGAGACAUCUUUUGCAUAUGAUGCGUCGCUAUCUGAAGAACGAGCACAAGGAGGAAUUCGAUGUGCGCAUAGCCAGCUUGUAGCAGAGCUCGAUCGUUCCUUAGAAUUAGUUGUAGCAUAAUUUUAUAUCAACAUUUGUGUGAUGCAUUUGAAAGAGUUGUACAGUGAUUGUUUGUAAUAAGGUAUUUAGAUUCAAACACUUAUUUUAAGGUUGCUUCUGAACAAUUAUAUCUAAGUACAACUACUGUGAAUCCUUUUUGUAAAAUUGUGAUUUGAAAAGAAUUA